AUGGCCACCUCCGUACCAACCCAGGACCAGGUCCUCGUGCCUGAGACACUCCUGAAGAAGCGUAAGAGCCAGGAGCAGGCCAGAGCCGCGGCAAACGCUGAGCUCCUCAAGCGCAAGAAGGCCAACAAGGAGAAGCGUGCCGUCAUCUUCAAGCGCGCAGAGUCCUAUGUCAAGGAGUAUCGUGAUGCAGAGCGCGAGAAGAUCCGCCUUGCCCGUCUGGCCAAGCAGCAGGGCAACUUCGAAGUACCAGCGGAGCCCAAGCUCGUCUUCGUUAUCCGUAUCAAGGGUAUCAACAAGAUUGCUCCCAAGCCCCGCAAGAUCCUGCAGCUUCUCCGUCUCCUCCAGAUCAACAAUGGUGUCUUCAUCCGUCUCACCAAGGCCACCCAGGAGAUGCUUACUAUCGUCAAUCCCUACAUUACCUAUGGUUACCCCAACCUGAAGACCGUCCGCGAACUCAUCUACAAACGCGGUUAUGGUAAGGUCAACAAGCAGCGUGUUGCCCUCAGCGACAACCAGAUCAUCGAGGAGAACCUCGGAAAGUUCGGCAUCGUAUGUAUGGAGGAUCUGAUCCACGAGAUCUACACCGUUGGCCCCAACUUCAAGCAGGCCUCGAACUUCCUGUGGCCCUUCAAGCUCUCCAACCCCACUGGUGGUUUCAGAACCCGCAAGUUCAAACACUUCGUCGAGGGUGGUGACCUUGGUAACCGUGAGGAGAACAUCAAUGCUCUUGUCAAGCAAAUGAACUAA